AUGCAGCAACAAUUAUCUGAAGCCAAGGUCAGGAUGUGCAAGUCAUUUCUGCGCCGCAACACCUUUGUACUCUUCACUGUUGCAGCAGUUGUAGUUGGAAUCAUGUUGGGAUUUGUUCUACGACCUCAGAACUUAACAUUAAGGCAAAUAAAAUAUUUCUCCUUUCCUGGGGAGUUACUGAUGAGGAUGUUACAGAUGUUAGUCCUCCCACUCAUCGUGUCCAGUCUUGUUACAGGCAUUUCCUCCUUGGAUAGAAGAGCUUCUGGAAAGAUGGGAGCACGGGCUAUCAUUUACUAUAUGGUGACCACUUUCAUUGCUGUGUUCAUCGGUAUUGUCCUGGUGAUCAUUAUACAACCUGGUAAAGGCAACAGAGACAGACCAAUGUCCUCUAGUGGGAGUAUUGAAUCAGUACAAGCUGCUGAUGCCUUUCUGGAUCUUAUCAGAAAUAUGUUUCCACCUAAUUUAGUGGAAGCCUCUUUCAAACAGUACAAAACUCAUUACAAGAAAACUGUUUUCACCAAGGACAUAACAGUUUUAGUCAAUGCUAGUCAUGACACCAAUGCCACCAAGUACAGCCAUGUGGGAAAUAACAGUGCAGUCCUGCAGACCAUACAGGAGACAGUGGAGGAGAUGAUUCCAGUCUCAGGUUCCUCUAAUGGAGUGAAUGCUCUAGGUCUUGUGGUGUUUUCUAUGUUCUUUGGCUUGGUAAUUGGGAAUAUGAAGCAGCAGGGCCAGCCAUUGAAGGAAUUCUUUGAUUGCCUCAAUGAUGCCAUAAUGCACUUAGUGGCAAUCAUAAUCUGGUAUGCACCAAUUGGGAUUCUCUUUUUAAUUGCUGGAAAGAUCAUUGAAAUGAAGGACCUGGCACAGGUUGGAGGGCAGCUGGGCAUGUAUAUGGGCUGUGUCAUCAUUGGCUUACUAAUCCAUGGUCUCUUCAUACUGCCCUUGCUCUUCUUCAUGAUUACUCGGAGGAACCCCUAUACAUUUAUUGGUGGUCUAAUUCAGGCUUUGAUUACUGCCUUGGGAACAUCUUCUAGUUCAGCUACCCUUCCCAUCACAUUCCGAUGCUUAGAGGAGAACAACCAUGUGGACAAACGUGUAACACGAUUUGUUUUGCCAGUGGGAGCCACCAUAAACAUGGAUGGUACAGCUUUAUAUGAAGCAGUGGCUGCCAUUUUCAUAGCCCAAGUUAAUGACAUGGACCUGAACUUUGGUCAAAUCCUUACCGUUAGUAUCACAGCGACAGCUGCUAGCAUUGGAGCAGCAGGUAUUCCUCAGGCUGGUUUGGUAACCAUGGUGAUUGUAUUGACAUCUGUGGGACUGCCCACCGAGGACAUAACACUCAUCAUUGCUGUUGAUUGGUUCUUGGAUCGCCUCAGAACCACUACUAAUGUGCUGGGAGACUCAUUGGGAGCUGGUAUCGUGGAACAUAUGUCACGAAAGGAACUGCAGAAUCUGGACACGGAUAGUAGCAACUCUGAGACUGAGGAGAAUAAAAAGUCUUAUCAGCUCAUCUGCCAGGAGGACGACUGCCUCGGGCCCCAAAACAGUGAAAGUACAAUAUAA